GCUCUCCUCGAGCCUCUAGCUAGCGGGUGCUGACUCCAACCGCAUCCAGGGAAGCAGCUCCAGCACACCGACUGACGAAGCCGAAGGACACUCUUGAGUUGCUUUCGGCGACUUCAAGUGCUGAGCGAGAGGAGGAAGAGUGUUGACCAUUCAAUCGGAAUUUCGAGGAUGUGACCUUCUCGAUCUGUACUACCUCCAUUCCGUCUUUCAAUUUUCUUCUCCUCGGGAGUCAAUUUCCUGUCUUCGUCCUGUUCAUCACCGCCACCUCUGCUCAUCUUCGGAUGUUUUGCGGAGGACUUGUGCUAUUAAUUAAUUAAUAGCUAGCUAGAUUUCCUCCCUCCGUCCGUCUUGGAGCGUCUCAUGUUGUGAUCCUUCGCAUAAAACAGCAUAGCUGUCUAUUCCGCAGUCUGAUUUCUACUCAAUCUUCGAAAAAAGAUCCAACCGAUCCAACGUCACUUUUUGACACCACUUGUCAACCAAACCAACCCGACGAAGUCGACAAUUAAGUGUUGAUCCUCGAAUUAUUUCUCCAAUCUCUUCCGCAAACACAACAAGUGGCAAUGAUGUGUUCACGAAACGCAUUGAUCCGAUUUGUCUUGGUGGUGGCGGUGACCGUUGUUGCAACUCAUGGCUUUGUCGCUCCCAAGCAACUGGCCCACAAUAAGAAUCCUCGCAUAAUAUCAUCCCCUCAGGAAACUACACCUCCUACUACCAGUUAUAAUAGUGUGGCACUGACUAUUCCCCGUGGUGGCGCAGCGUUGAACAUGGCAUCUGUGGAAACCCUCAUCAUUCCAGCCCUCCAGAGUGGUCCCUGGGGAAUCGUGGCUUUGACGGGCAUUGCCGCUGUGGCCGUCAUUCCGUUGACAUUGAUUCGACAAUUGUACAGCAUUUCGGUGGGCUACGGCAUGGCCAUUUUCUUGGCAGGAAUCAGUCUCCAGCAUGCCUUUGGGUUGCCGGCAAAGAGUCUCGGUGGACUCAUCACGGGAGGCCUCAUGUUUUAUGGUCUGCGCUUGGCACUCUAUCUCUUUGUUCGAGAACAAACUCGCAAGACACCCACUGCCGCCCGAAAAGAGGGAUCCAUUGUCGCCAAAUUGACACUGGCGUCCAGUGUAUCACUCUUCUACGCUCUACUAUCGACUCCUGCCAUGUAUGCUCUUCGCAAUGUGCAAGCACUGACGACAUCGACGAGUCUGCUCGUGACGCAAGGAGGCAUUGGAGUGGCCCUCUGUGGGGCGCUGUUGGAAGCCACGGCCGAUUUGCAAAAGUACCUGGUAAAGCAAUCUUCUUCAUCGUCGGACGAAUCAUUCCAAGGACCGACCGAAUGGACGUACCGUAUUUGCCGUCAUCCCAACUACUUGGGAGAAGUCUUGUUUUGGGCGGGCAUGUUUGUCACGGGAGUCCCUUCAUUUGGAACAAAUGUGGUGGCAUGGAUUGCAUCAUUGUUGGGAUUGUAUGGCAUUGUUUCCAUCAUGAGCAAGGCCACCGCCCGACUGGAAGAACAACAACAAGAGAAAUAUACGGGACAGGCCAAAUACGAUGCUUGGACCAAACAGGUCAAGUCACCGUUGGUUCCAUUUCUGUAGUACAUACCGGUAACGAAACAAAAGAAAUCUAUAGCCACAUGCAGUACAAGGGUUAUUCAGCAAGUUUCACAUUGUUACCAGGUAGUUUGAAAUUACUUUCGUUUG